UUCCCCCCAACACCAAUCCACCCUUCCCCUCAUUUUCUCUCGACUACGGUCCCCACCCCAGAUUCCCGUGACAUAUUCCCAAUCCAACACUUAAUUGAGCAAUUUGGAUUCCUCACGUGCGGGGUUGAUUUGUAGUUUGAACACGUGGCUCAUUCAAAAAAGCCGGAAUAUCCUAGUUUUUUUUCCUUCCCCUUCUUCAUAUUGGUUUUAUUCAGAGGCGGGCACGAGCCUUAACGUGUGAAUUUAUCUGUCUCUUUGCCAAGGGGUUUGAAGGAAGACAAAAAAAGUCGUGUGUCCUUUUUCACUCAGUCAGCUAUCGUUUUGGAGAAACUGAAUAAAUAAUUAAGAUAAAUAUUUUUUUGCGCGAUAGAGAAGAGGCGAGUAAGCGCAAACGCGACGAGGUUGCCCGUCAAAUAUAUCUGUGGCUUCAACGACUGGGGGGAAGCACGCCACCGCCACUCCGUUGAGUAGUAAGGCGAUUUUGGCGACUCCAAACCCGAUAGAGCAAAUCACGAUUUCCUUCUGCGUAAAGAUUGUCCAUUUCAGCGCAGACCAUGAAUAAGCUGUACAUUGGAAACGUGAGUGAAGAGGCGAGUGCCGAGGACUUGGAAACUAUCUUUGAGCAGUGGAAGAUUCCGCACAGUGGUCCGUUUCUCAUCAAAACUGGUUAUGCGUUCGUGGAUUGCCCCGAUGAAAAGAUAGCAAUGAUGGCCAUCGACAUUCUUUCAGGUAAAGUUGAACUACAUGGAAAACUCAUAGAAGUGGAGCACUCGGUCCCUAAACGUCAAAGGAGCUGUAAGCUGCAGAUCAGGAACAUCCCGCCUCAUCUGCAGUGGGAGGUUCUGGAUGGCAUGUUGGCUCAGUACGGCACAGUGGAGAACUGCGAGCAAGUAAAUACAGACACAGACACUGCAGUGGUCAACGUUCGAUACGGUGCCAAGGACCAGGCCAGACAGGCGAUGGAAAAGCUGAAUGGCUUCCUGAUGGAGAACUUUGCCCUGAAGGUGUCGUACAUCCCUGACGAGACGGCGGCUGCUGUCGCCCCGACCCUGGGAGGGGGUAAGAGGGGCUUUGUCCCCCGUGGCCCUCUGCGAUCGGGUUCCCCAGGCCUGGGGGCACGCCCCAAACUGCAGUCGGACGUCCCUUUGCGCAUACUCGUCCCCACACAGUUCGUAGGAGCCAUCAUCGGCAAGGAAGGAGCCACAAUUCGCAAUGUCACAAAACAAACACACUCAAAGAUCGACAUCCACAGAAAGGAGAAUGCGGGAGCAGCAGAGAAGCCCAUCACGGUCCACUCCACCCCAGAGGGCUGCUCCAAUGCCUGCAGGACCAUCAUGGAGAUCAUGCAGAAGGAGGCCCUCGACACCAAGUUUACUGAGGAGAUUCCAUUGAAGAUUCUGGCUCACAACAACUUUGUGGGCCGACUAAUCGGGAAGGAAGGAAGGAACCUAAAAAAGAUUGAAGUGGACACAGAGACCAAGAUCACCAUCUCCCCUCUCCAGGACCUGACCCUGUACAACCCUGAGAGGACCAUCACAGUGAAGGGUUCCAUCGAGGCCUGCUCCCGCGCUGAGGAGGAAGUGAUGAAGAAGGUCAGGGAGUCGUAUGAGAACGACGUGGCCGCAAUGAACCUCCAGUCUAACCUGAUUCCAGGACUCAACCUGAAUGCCUUGGGUUUGUUCCCUGGUGGUGCUCCAGGUAUGGGCCCCUCCAUGGGACACAACGCCCCACCUCCCGGUGCCCAGGGUGGCUACUCCUCCUUCGGGAGCAGUUACUUCGGGGGCGAAGGGCCAUUUUGGGCGUCUGUGCUGUCGGCGAGCAGCCAGCCCCUCUCUGGCCAGGGGCAGCCGGAGUCGGAGACGGUACAUCUGUUCAUCCCGGCGCUGGCGGUCGGAGCGCUCAUCGGAAAACAGGGUCAACACAUCAAGCAGCUGUCGCGCUACGCCGGAGCCUCCAUUAAGAUCAGUGCAGAUGAAGUCCGUGUCGUAGAUGCAAACCAGGUAGCACCUCCAGACGGCAUGGACGCCAAGCAGAGGAUGGUGAUCAUCGCGGGACCACCAGAGGCCCAGUUCAAGGCUCAGGGUCGUAUCUUUGGGAAGCUAAAGGAGGAGAACUUCUUUGGGCCGAAGGAGGAGGUGAAACUGGAGGCACACAUCAAGGUGCCCUCCUUCGCUGCUGGGCGUGUCAUCGGCAAGGGAGGCAAAACGGUGAAUGAGCUGCAGAACCUGACCAGUGCUGAGGUGGUGGUCCCCAGAGACCAGACGCCUGAUGAGAAUGACCAGGUCAUCGUCAAAAUCACUGGACACUUCUAUGCAAGCCAGCUGGCCCAGAGGAAGAUCCAGGAGAUAUUGUCCCAUGUGAGGCGGCAACAACAGCCAAAACCCUCGCCCCGUGGGGACGGGCUAGCCCGGCCCUCCCGGAAGUAGACCUGGGGACCCGUGACUGAACCGCCCGAAGACAGAGCAGAGACCAGAGGGGUAAACACGGGCAGGGACGACGCGCUCAUCUCAGGGGUUAAGGGUCAUGGGUACCUGACUGUACACCCCAUACCCCUCUCAAUGACCUCCUUGACCAACAACAUCAGUGUGGAUAGACCUUAACCCCCCCCCAAAAAAAACAAAAAAAAACAAAUCACCUCACCUCUCUGUGAUUAUACUUCAGAGGGUUCCAACAUUGUCACACACCCUCUCACCACACGGAUGGGUCCUGAUUGGUUCCAUUUUGUAGACAACACCAAGACAUAAGAAUUAUCCCCCUCCCUGGUGUGGUAACACUCACCAUCUCACAUGUUGAUGACAGGUGUUCAUUUUGACACUCGUUUCAGUUUUUACCUUUUUUAUUUCGACUUUUGUUUUUCGCCCUGGAUGAAGUGUUUGUUUAAUUGGUUGAAGCUUUCUCUCCUAAGUUUUCUGUGGAAAGAAAAAGGCAUUGCUCUGAGUCCUGGUAGGAUGAUGAAAGAUUACGGGAAGGGGUUUAGACAGAUAGGCAGGGCUAGGGGUAAUACUCUUGUUUGAUUGGACAGGAACCCCAGCGGUGGUUUAAUGGGGUGCCCCUGUGCUGGUAUUGAUAGUGGCAUUUUAUAAAUUCGGAUGCAUUUUAUAGAUAUAUAAAUAUAUAUUUAGAGUUGAGGAUAAGUUAACACUUAAGGGACGUGUUGAACAGUGUUGGCCAGGAAAACGAAUUUAAUAUGCAUUUUACUGAACUACCUCAGGAUCUCUAGUACCUCAAGAAGACGACGAGAAAAAAAUAAGAAAAUUGAUAUAUAUAAUAUAUAUAUGAGAAAAAAAAUCAUUUUUUAAAAUUUGCUUUGUGGUAUUUUGUAUACUUUAUAAAGCUAAUAGUUCUUGAACAUUUUUAUUUUUUUAAGAAAAUUAACAAUUUGGUCAGCUGCCAACUGACCUUGCCUUCAACUCUAGUGCUCUCCAGCAGCAUCAACGUGACGACGGUGGCCCUGUACAUAGUCUGUCUGUACAUAGAGCCAAGGGCGGAGUUGGCGCUCAACUCAGUUGGCUGCUGAUGGGAGUAUCAAGAGAAUACAUCACCUCAGUUUUCCUGAGGAAUCCACCAUCUUCUGAAAACUACAAAAAGCACGUCUAUAUUAGAGUAAUGCCGAUUCAUGCCAUCCGUACAUACUGCAGCGACGCCGUUUAGUUUGGGGAUUCUGACACUUAUUGUUGACGGUACGUUUAAAUGUUUUUUUCUGUCUUCCUGGAAGGGCAAUGGGAGGGGCCUGAGCACUGAGUUCUCUCUCUGUUGCCUUCAUAGAAAUAGACACAGCAGAGCAGCAUGGUCUGUUUGUUGUUUUUCUGUUACCUGCUUAGGCCUUGAACCAUCAGUCUCAAAUUCGCUUAUAGUGAAAUACAUGGGGAAUAGGGUGAAAUGUGGAAGUUACUCCAAGUUUCUUACAAGUGAAAGUGCGGUCCACAGCCUGAUGGGUUUAAAAAAAAGAGCGACUUUGCAGUGGCCCCAGUAGCCGCCGAGUCAGUCUGUUAGUGUAGUUUACUGCAUGGUGAAGGUAGGAGGAGUCACUGAUGGAUGCCUUUAUGGAAUCUACUGUAACUGUUUAACCAGCAGCAGCAGCUGUAACCUUUGGUUGAAGUGAGAGAAAGCAGUUCAAAUUAGUAUUCAUUACAAAAAGCCAAGCGGCACACAACGUUUUACUAAAUGAACCCUGUUUGGGACGUGGAAGAUAAGUUUUUUUUUUUUUAUCCAACAACAAAGAAAUACUAUACCAAGUUUAUCCUUUUUUAUAUUUUAUGCAGAAUGUAAAUAUGUUUUGUGGUAAAAGUGCUUGAGUGUAUCCAUUCUUCCACAAUAGAACGCUGUCUACCUCAGCCGAGGGGGGGUUUGUGGCGGCAUGCGCCCUCACCUCCCCCCUAGCGCUCGCUCCCAUACACCACCUAGCGCCCACACCCUCACCCCUCCCAGCGCCCUCACCCCGCCUAGCGCCCACGCCCUCACCCCCCCAGUGCCCACGCACUCGCUCCGACACCAGUCUCCCCCCCAACACUUCUCUGCAUGGGCGCGUACGUGCGCACGCAGUCCAACCUCGCGCUUACGUACAUGAGGGGCACAAGUGACGUUUACCCCCCCACCUCGUCAUCUGUUUUUUGAUCUACCUCUUUAGAAACACAUUUUGAAUUAGAGGCAUACUUCUAUUUAUUAGAUUUGGGUUCUUCUCCCACUGUCCCCCUCUUCUGCUGUCCCCCCUUCCGCUGUCCCCCCUUCCGCUGUCCCCCUCUUCCGCUGUCCCCCCUUCUGCUGUCCCCCUUCCGCUUUCCCAGAUAUAAAUGAAAAUUAACAAAUCAUGUACACUUUUUAGAAUUUAAAGGAAUAAUUGAAAAAGUGAUCCGAAAUAUUUCCUUUGCUAGCAUUUAUAUAAUCUACUCUUGCUUAAUUGAUUGAAAAUCCUCAAACAUUGCUUUUUCUGCUUUUAUUUUUGGUAGUGGCUUCCAUGUAUUGAACUUUCUUGCUUGGGUUUUUUGUGAAAAGGUCUUUUCACCCGUGCAGUUUUUUGAUUCAGUGAAUGGACGAUAAGUAAAAAAUAAUUAUAAACUGUUAAAAAAAAAAGGGGGCCUGCCUUUUGUUUCUGGUUUGACACUAACAAUAAAUACUGUCUUUCUUACCUUUUGUCUUCACGAAUGCUACAUUAAUUUGAUAGCGAUUUGUUCUGUUAGUAUUUUCUUCGAUGUGUAACAUGGAAAUUCAUGUUUGUGGGGAAAGUGGAGGGACUGGGUUAGGGAGUCCCUCUUUUUGGAAAAGUGGUUUGCUUUAGGCACGAUGCCCUCUGUGAACAUGCUUGUGCCCCUUCACAUCACUCAACUUGUCAAACGCCUCUGAAUAAAAACUAAGUGACAUUG